AUGAAAAAAUUGGAUGCAUUACAUUAUAAGAUAGUGGAAACUCUAUGCAACCUUGAAAUGUUUUUUCCGCCAUCCUUCUUUGACAUUAUGAUUCAUUUAAUGGUUCAUCUAGUAAGGGAAGCCAAGUUGUGUGGACCAGUUUGGGCGAGAUGGAUGUAUCCAUUUGAAAGAAGUAUGAAGGUGUUGAAAAGUUAUGUGCGUAAUCAUUAUCGUCCUGAAGCUAGUAUGGUUGAAUGUUAUAUAUCGGAAGAGGCAGUAGAAUUUUGCUCAGAAUACAUGAGUGGGGUUGAAGCAAUCGGAAUCAGCAAACCACGAAAUAACUCAGAUGGAGUUGAUAAAGGACUACGAGGGAAUGGAACAGUGACCACCGUGUCUAGGGCAGAAUUAGAUCAAGCUCAAUUAGUUGUGUUGCAAAAUAAUCCUGAGAUUCAAUCAUAUAUAAUUGAUCACAUAGAGUUAUUACGGUCGAUGAUUCCAAACAAGAUUAAAAAUAAACAAAAAUGGGUUAUAGAUGAGCAUAAUAAAACGUUUUGCCAGUGGCUGAAGAAUACAAUUUUGACGAAGUUGGGAGAAAAAAAUCAUGGACUGUCGACUGAGUUGAAGCGCAUAUCUCUUGGAGCAAGCAUUGAUGUAAUAAAGCAUCAAGCUUACAUUGUUGAAGGGAAACGAUUUCAUACUAAGUCAAGAGAUGAUGCUCGACUGGUUCAAAAUAGUGGAGUAAGUGUAGUCGCAGAAGCUAUGCAUUUUGCCAGUGCAAAAGAUAAUAACCCAAUUUCAGGCACAAUGACAUACUACGGGGUUGUUGAAGAAAUAUGGGAGCUAGAUUAUUCAUUAUUUCGUAUUCCUCUUCUUAAAUGUUCUUGGGUAGACAACAAUACUGGAGUUAAAACUGACGAACUUGGAUUCACUCUGGUUGAUUUAAGCAAGAAGGGAAGCAAGAACGAUCCUUUUAUCAUGGCUUCCCAAGCGAAACAAGAACAUGAUAAUGAAAGCGAUAGCGAUGAUCGUGAUUAUCUUAGAACCGACAUCGAAGAAGGAAUAUGGGUCGAUUAUGGCGAAUAA